CCUUGGGCUUACCCAAGGAGGCGGCACAUAUCUAUUAGAAAUAAAUAUCAAUAUAAUGAAGGGUCUGGAUUGCUGUUUGUUCGUUUCUCUUCUUCUUCUAUCUUCAUUUUCAUUUUUUUUGUCGGCUCUUUCCGAUGCCGAAGUUUAUUCCAUCACACGCCGCCAGCUCUUGACCCUUCAUGAGAACGAUGAUUUGUCCGAUGAUUAUGAAACCAAAAUCCAAGUCAACGAAACCUUCUCCAGUCCCAGACUUCGGCGAGCUUACAUUGCCCUUCAAGCUUGGAAGAUGACUAUUUAUUCUGACCCAUUGAACACCACUGCCAAUUGGGUCGGCGCCGAUGUCUGUUCCUACACCGGCGUCUUCUGUGCCCCCGCCCUUGACGACCCUGAACUCGAAGUUGUCGCCGGCAUUGAUCUCAACCAUGCCGACAUUGCUGGCUACCUACCCGUUGAGCUCGGUUUGCUGACUGACAUCGCCCUAUUCCACAUCAAUAGCAACCGAUUCUGCGGUAUCGUUCCCACAAGCUUCUGGAGGCUCACACUCCUAUAUGAAUUCGACAUUAGCAACAAUCGAUUCGUCGGCAACUUCCCAGAAGUUGUCAUCAGGAUCCCCAAUCUCAAAUACCUCGACCUCAGAUUCAAUGAUUUCGAAGGCGAAUUGCCCCCAACACUUUUCACCAAGGAAUUGGAUGCCAUUUUCCUCAACAACAAUAGGUUCACCUCCAACAUCCCGGAGAAUUUUGGCGACUCCCCAGCGUCGGUGAUUGUAAUUGCCAACAACAAUUUCACGGGAUGCAUUCCGAGCAGCAUUGGGAAAAUGGGGAACACGUUGAAAGAGUUCGUGAUGUUGAACAAUGGACUUGCGGGCUGUAUUCCAGGGGAGAUUGGGUUGCUUGGAAAUGCCACGGUGGUAGAUGUUUCAUACAACAAAUUGAGUGGGAUCUUACCCAAGAGCUUUGAUGGGUUGAAGGGAGUGGAGGCAUUAGAUAUUUCUGGGAAUUCGUUGACUGGGUUUGUGGCGGAGGGCGUUUGCAACUUGCCCAAAUUGGUUAAUUUCACAUUCUCUAACAAUUUCUUCAAUGGCGAGGCCGAGAGUUGCGUGCCCCAUAACAAAAAGAACAUUGUGUUAGAUGAUUCAAGCAAUUGUUUGUCAAAGAGGCCUAACCAAAAAACGACAGAAAUUUGUACUUCAGUGAUCCAUAAAACCGUUGAUUGCGGUAAGGCUAAAUGCGGCGGAGGAUCGUCACCACCAUCACCGACCACAUCGACGUCCAUGCCACCAAAGCCGGAACAGCCCCCACCCGCACCGAUCCAAUCUCCACCACCAGCACCGAUCCAAUCUCCACCACCAGCACCGGUUCAAUCUCCACCACCCGCACCCGUGCAAUCUCCACCACCCGCACCCGUGCAAUCUCCACCACCACCGAUCUACUCCACACCACCACCGGUGCACUCUCCACCACCACCGGUGCACUCCCCACCACCACCCGUCCAAUCUCCUCCACCACCACCGGUGCACUCUCCUCCACCACCGGUCUACUCCCCACCAACACCCGUCCAAUCUCCUCCACAACCACCGGUGCACUCUCCACCACCACCGAUCCAAUCUCCUCCACAACCACCGGUGCACUCUCCACCACCACCGGUCUACUCCCCACCACCAUCGGUGCACUCCCCACCACCACCUGUCCAAUCUCCUCCACCACCAGUUUUCUCCCCACCCCCACCGGUUUUCUCUCCACCACCUCCGGUGCACUCCCCGCCUCCUCCAGUCCAUUCACCACCGCCUCCGGUCCACUCUCCACCACCACCCGUGCACUCUCCACCACCUCCGGUCCAGUCUCCACCACCACCAGUGCACUCUCCACCACCGCCCGUCCACUCUCCACCACCACCUUCUCCAUCUCCCUCUCCUCCUCCUCCAGUCGUCUCUCCACCGUCUCCACUAGAGGACAUCAUUCUUCCACCAAAUAUUGGCUUUGAAUACUCAUCACCUCCUCCACCGCUAUUCCCUGGAUACUAAGUAAGAAGCGGCAAGUCAUCAACUCUCAUCUCUAUUUUUACAAUUUUUUUUCACAUUACCAAAAAUAAAAUUCCACCACUUUUGUUA